GUCUGGGCUAAACUUCACCAAAUAAUAGCUGUUUGUAUUUUGGCUGCUGCAGGAGCCAUUUUAGGAUAUUAUUAUGAGAAUGACAAAGUCCCGUCUUUAGAGUGUACAGCUUCUUUCCACCUUCUGGAGUGAACAGUUUUUUCAUCUGCUUCAUCCUUUUUUUUUAAAAAAAAAGGCAAUGUAUUGCACCUUGAACAGAAUAAAUACAUAUCCUAAAAUUGAUGAUAAUGAAAAUACAGAAGAAAGAAAAGCAGCUGCCGAAUUUUAAAGUGUUGAGUCAUUCCCCAAUGUCUGAUGCCUCCAUCACCUUCGAAUGCAAGCCAGAGUCCCCUUUUGGUGAUAGCACAGACCAGGAAGAUUUGCAUGACCUGGUGACAAUCUCUGACUUGGCCAGCGACAGCCUGGCCCAAAAGGACCAGCAUGAUGUGGUACCUGUGGAAAUACCCAAUGAAAUUAUGCAGACCGUGGUGACCUCCCAUAAUGGGAUGAAGGACGAUGCAGGUGGGGGCACUGGGGUGAAGAAGAAACGGAAAAAAAAAGAGCUGGGGCUUCAGGAGCUGGAUGGUGGAAAAGAGGCAAAACCAAAGAGAAAGAGAGAGCCUAAGGAACCAAAAGAACCCAAAAAGCCCAAGGAGCCUAAAAAGCCCAAGGAGCCCAAACAGGAGGGGGCCAAGAAACCCAGGAAGCCACGGGAGCCCAAAAUCCCAAAGGAGCCUAAAGAGAAGAAGAGCAACUCAGAGGCUCCUCCAAAAGCCAAGCCCAAGAAGACCAGCACGGAGCAAGGACCAACUCCUGUUGAGAAGAAGAAAAAAGGGAAAAGGAAAAGUGACACUCCAGUGGACAGCCUAGAGCUGGAUCAAAGUCUCCUUUCUGUGUCUGGGCAGAGCCCUGGGGAGUCUGCUGAAUCAGCUGACAGCCAGAAGCGACGCUCUGGACGCCAAGUAAAGCGCAGAAAGUACAAUGAAGAUCUGGAUUUCAAGGUGGUGGAUGACGAUGGAGAAACAAUAGCUGUACUCGGAGCUGGCCGGGCUUCUGCACUGUCUGCAUCUACCUUGGCCUGGCAGGCAGAGGAACCUCCUGAGGAUGAUGCCAACAUCAUUGAGAAAAUCCUGGCAUCUCGAAUGGUGCAGAAGGAGACUUACCCUGGAGGAGCAACUUACGAGCAGGAGGAGUUCUUUGUAAAAUAUCGCAAUUUUUCUUACUUGCAUUGUAAAUGGGCCACAAUGGAGGAGUUGGAAAAAGACCCACGCAUUUCCCAGAAGAUUAAACGUUUCCGCAAUAAGCAGGCUCAGAUGAAGCACAUUUUCACUGAGCCUGAUGAAGAUCUAUUCAACCCAGACUAUGUGGAGGUUGAUCGGAUCUUGGAGGUGGCUCACACAAAGGACUCCGACACUGGAGAGGAAGUCACCCACUACCUGGUGAAAUGGUGCUCAUUGCCUUAUGAGGAAAGCACUUGGGAACUAGAGGAAGAUGUUGACCCUGGGAAGAUCAGAGAAUUUGAAUCUCUGCAAAUCCCACCAGAAAUCAAAUCCUUGGAACGUCCUGCUUCUGAGUCCUGGCAAAAGCUAGGAAAAUCACGGGACUAUAAGAAUAACAACCAGCUGCGAGAAUAUCAGCUGGAAGGAAUGAACUGGCUGCUCUUUAACUGGUACAACAGGAAGAACUGCAUUCUGGCGGAUGAAAUGGGUUUGGGGAAGACAAUUCAAUCCAUUACAUUCCUGUCUGAGAUUUACCUGAUGGGUCUUCGGGGUCCCUUCCUCAUAAUUGCCCCACUGUCCACUAUCACUAACUGGGAGAGAGAGUUCCGUACAUGGACAGAGAUAAAUGCCAUUGUCUAUCAUGGCAGUCAGAUAAGCCGCCAGAUGAUCCAACAGUAUGAAAUGGUGUACCGGGAUGCACAGGGCAACCCUCUUCCAGGGCUCUUCAAGUUCCAUGUAGUUAUCACCACCUUUGAGAUGAUCUUGGCUGACUGCCCAGAGCUGAAGAAGAUCCAGUGGCGCUGUGUGGUCAUUGAUGAGGCUCAUCGGCUCAAGAAUAGGAACUGCAAAUUACUGGAAGGACUGAAGCUCAUGUCUCUGGAACACAAAGUGUUGUUGACUGGUACACCCCUGCAGAACUCAGUGGAGGAGCUUUUCAGUCUUCUGAACUUCUUGGAGCCACAGCAGUUCCCAUCUGAGACAGCGUUCCUAGAGGAGUUUGGGGACCUCAAAACAGAGGAGCAGGUAAAGAAGCUUCAGUCCCUCCUGAAACCCAUGAUGCUGCGACGGCUGAAGGAUGAUGUGGAGAAAAAUCUAGCACCCAAACAGGAGACCAUAAUUGAGGUAGAGCUGACCAACAUCCAGAAGAAAUACUAUCGGGCAAUCCUGGAGAAGAAUUUCAGCUUCCUGUCCAAGGGUGCUAACCAGCACAACAUGCCCAACCUCAUCAACACCAUGAUGGAACUGCGCAAAUGCUGCAACCACCCCUACCUCAUCAAUGGGGCAGAGGAGAAAAUUCUGGAGGAUUUCCGUAAAACACACAGCCCAGAUGCUCUUGACUUCCAGCUCCAGGCAAUGAUCCAGGCAGCAGGCAAGCUGGUGUUGAUAGAUAAGCUGUUGCCGAAGCUGAUUGCGGGUGGACAUAAGGUGCUGAUCUUCUCCCAGAUGGUGCGCUGUCUUGAUAUCCUGGAGGAUUAUCUCAUCCAGAGGCGAUACACCUAUGAGCGUAUUGAUGGCCGAGUGCGUGGAAAUUUACGUCAGGCUGCCAUUGACCGCUUUUGCAAGCCAGAUUCAGAUCGCUUUGUCUUCUUGCUUUGUACACGGGCAGGGGGACUGGGCAUCAAUCUCACUGCUGCUGACACUUGCAUCAUCUUUGACUCAGACUGGAAUCCACAGAAUGAUUUGCAGGCUCAGGCUCGCUGCCAUCGGAUAGGGCAAAGUAAAGCAGUGAAGGUGUAUCGUCUCAUCACUAGGAAUUCAUACGAGCGGGAGAUGUUUGACAAGGCCAGUUUGAAGUUAGGUCUAGACAAAGCAGUGCUGCAGGAUAUCAACCGCAAGGGAAGCACCAAUGGGGUACAGCAGCUCUCAAAGAUGGAAGUUGAGGAUUUGCUACGAAAAGGAGCUUAUGGGGCACUGAUGGAUGAGGAAGAUGAAGGCUCCAAGUUCUGUGAGGAGGAUAUUGACCAAAUUCUGCAGCGUAGAACCCAGACUAUCACUAUCCAGACUGAAGGGAAAGGCUCCACAUUCUCCAAGGCCAGCUUUGUUGCCUCUGGAAACAGAACUGACAUUUCCUUAGAUGAUCCUAACUUCUGGCAGAAAUGGGCAAAAAUAGCAGAGCUGGAUACAGAUGCAAAGAAUGAAAAGGAGAGCCUUGUGAUUGACAGGCCCCGUGUCCGUAAGCAGACCAAACACUACAAUUCCUUUGAAGAAGAUGAGCUUAUGGAGUUCUCUGAGCUAGACAGUGACUCUGAUGAGCGUCCCACACGCUCACGGCGUCUCAAUGAAAAAACCCGGCGCUACUUACGGGCAGAGUGUUUCCGUGUGGAGAAGAACCUGCUUAUAUUUGGCUGGGGGCGUUGGAAGGAUAUACUGACCCAUGGUCGUUUUAAAUGGCAUCUCAAUGAGAAAGACAUGGAAAUGAUCUGCCGAGCACUCUUGGUCUACUGUGUAAGACAUUAUAAGGGGGAUGAGAAGAUUAAGAGUUUUAUUUGGGAUUUAAUCACUCCAACAAAGGAUGGACAGAACCAGGCCCUGCAGAAUCACUCAGGCUUAUCGGCCCCAGUGCCAAGAGGGAGGAAAGGGAAGAAGACUAAGAACCAGAUGUUGCUCCCUGAAAUCAAGAAUGCAGAUUGGCUCACCAGCUGCAAUCCUGAAAUCGUCCUACAUGAUGACAGCUACAAAAAGCAUCUUAAACAGCAUUGCAAUAAGGUACUCUUGCGGGUGCGCAUGCUCUACUACCUGAAAGCCGAAGUGCUGGGUGAGGCAGCAGACAAAGCUUUUGAAGGAACCCCUGCCAAAGAUCUAGAUGUUCUACUGCCAGACAUUGACUAUGUAGAGAUCCCUGUAGAUUGGUGGAAUGCUGAUGCAGACAAAUCCCUCCUCAUUGGAGUUUUUAAGCACGGUAUUUCUUUUAUUCAGGUUUUUAUGCAGUCCUGCUGUGAGGAAAUAAGGGGGAAUGUGAAUAAAGAAGAGACCAGUGCAGACAAAGCAGAAGAGGUGCAGAAACAGGAGGAGACUUCAGAUUGUUGUGAUGAGAUCACUGAGAAGAAGAAUGAUAGUGUGGCAGCCCAGGAUGGCUCCGACCUAGACAAAUCCACCUGGCCUGUGUCAUCUGCCCUCACAGCCAGGCUACGGCGUCUUGUCACUGUCUAUCAGCGCUGCAACCGUAAAGAACUGCCUACUAGGCCUGAGAUUAUGGGCCCUUGCAACCAUGGUUAUUGGCUGCAAGAAGAAAUGUUCAGAAGAGCCGGUGAGAUGGAUCCUAUAAAUAAGGAAAUGCAGAAAAGGUGGACCAGAAGAGAACAAGCAGAUUUCUAUCGUACUGUUUCUUCAUUUGGGGUAAUUUAUGAUCCAGAGAAGAAAGUUUUUGACUGGACUCAAUUCAGAUCCAUUUCACGUUUGGAGAAGAAAACUGAUGAGAGCCUUGAAAAAUAUUUCUACAGUUUUGUUGCAAUGUGCAGGAAUGUCUGUCGUUUGCCCCACUGGAAAGAAGAUGACCCAGCAGAUCCCAGUAUCUAUGUGGAACCAAUCACAGAGGAGCGUGCAGCAAGGACAUUGUACCGCAUUGAGCUCCUGAGGAAAGUCCGUGAGCAGGUGCUGAGGUGUCCACAGCUACAUGAAAGGCUGAAACUUUGUCGUCCCAGCUUAUACCUUCCUGUGUGGUGGGAGUGUGGUAAGCAUGAUCGGGAUCUACUAAUUGGUACCGCUAAACACGGACUGAACCGCACAGACUAUUAUAUCAUGAAUGAUCCCCAGUUGUCAUUUCUGGAUGCUUAUAGAAACUAUGCUCAGCACAAAAGGACAGGAGUCCUUGGUGCAGAAAACUUAUGUUGCCACCAUCAGGCAAAUCCUAAACUAUAUUGCUCUCCUGUGUACAAUCAAGUGGAAAGAAAGCACACAUCUGCAGAGACUGAAACUGAGAACUGCAUCAAGUUAGGGAGCUCAGGCAACAGUCUCUCUCAGGCAGAAAACAUUUCUCAGGAUGGCAGCUGUGAAAACUUUAAAAUCCGGGGUAUGAUUCCCCUUAGCUAUGAUGAGAGCUCUUUGCCUGACUCUCUGAUGUGCAUGAUGUAUGAUGAUAAGGCCUGCAACAGCGAGCACAGCUCUCUUGCCAGAGAUAGCCCCAGCUGCACUGAUAUUAGCAGCAACACUACCAAAAUGGCAGAAGGCAAAAUCGAUGGAGAUGAAGAUCUGUCUAGUUGUGAUGCUGAAACCAUGAGAGAGUCCUCCUACUUAGAUCAUUUACAGUUUGGCAGUGAUCCAGUGGAGAAUCAGAAUGCAGCCCAGGAGCUUUCAGUUAAAGAGACCAAGCCCUCCAACAAUUUUACUAUGGAACCCUGUAAUGCCCUUCAGCACAUGCACAGUCAGUAUGCUAGCCCAGGAUCUGUCCCAUUCGAAAGAGGUGGCAUGGAAGGGAUUCUAAACAUAGGAGUAUACAGCCCCAGUCUUCAUAAGUAUGACAUCAAAGUUGACCCUGAGAAAAGAUGCAUGGGACUGUUGCAUGACAAGGGCUUAGAAGAGAAAUCAAUGCAGAGUCAGAGUCAUAGUGAAGAAGAGGAGGAAGAGGAAGAAGAAGAGGAGGAGGAGGAUCAUCUAGACACAGCUGCUGACAAUGUGGAAGAUCUGAGAGGCUGCUUUAAAACCCCAGAUAGUGUCAGAACUAAACCCAGUGAGCAAGAGGAGCAGAAACAUGGUUCAUGUAUUCUUACCACUCUAAAUACAUUCAUGGAAGAGAGGAAUAAAGAAUUGUCUGAGUCAACAUCAGGUGAACAUGCGGCAUCGAAAUGUGAUAGUGAGUUUGGAGCAGGGGAGGAUGAUCAGGAAGAAUGUGAGAGCAUUGAAGAGCACAUUCCUGCCUUGCAGGAGAUACAGACCUGCCACCACCACCACUGUCACCAUUCUGCACGAAACCAAGCAUCAGCAAUUCAGAUGGAGCUCCUAAAGUCACAUUCAGUUUGCAUAGAGGCAGACCCCUGGGGAGAUGACACAGAGGAAAAGACGAACAGUUGUAUUGCUCAGCCCCUCUGUGAGAAUGAAUUAAAGAGAGAAGAGGAAGACUGUGAGAAUCAAGACCUAGAAAAGAGAAAUGAAAUCAGCCAAAAUCAAGAUUGUUUUGAGAAGUCUUCAGAAGAUGAAAGUAAGAGCUCCACAUUUGCUGUGCCUGGAGAGAUUGAUGAGCUUCAGGAUGUCCGGGCACCUACCAUUGCUCAACUUUUGCAGGAGAAGACACUCUACUCUUUCUCAGAGUGGCCUAAGGAUCGAGUGAUCAUUAACCGUAUAGACAACAUCUGUCAUGCUAUCUUAAAGGGCAAGUGGCCUUCUUCCAGCCAGCCAUUUGAAAUACAAAGCAUGAUGUCUACUCCUGUGUUAGUCAGCAAUGCUGGCAAUAAGAACAGCUACACUGAGCCAGAAGCCUCUGAAAACAGCUUCAACAAUGGAGCAACAACUACACAGGCCCAGAAGGAAGGUUUCUUGUCUUCCACAUUUGUCAAAGAAGAACCCAAGCAACGACAACCAUAUGAAUUUGAGGUGGAGAAAGAUGCAAAGCAACGGAGCCUUGAACAGUUGGUUACAUCUCAUCCCCACCCUCCAAUUGUGUUGAAUGGCUGGCGGGACGCAGCUAUGGACCUCUCAAGAAUAUCUGAUGGAUCAACUGCAAAUAGUUCUCCUUUCUCCCUGAGCACAAAUGUACCUAAGUUAGGGACUGUCAGUGCCCUACAGGGCUCUCUUGGCAUGGACUUGUCUGGUAUCCUUCAGGCAGGAUUAAUUCAUCCUGUCACAGGCCAGAUUGUCAAUGGGAGUCUACGAAGGGACGAUGCUGCCAUGAGGAGAAGAAGGGGUAGGAGAAAAAAUGUAGAAGGGAUUGAUCUCAUAUUUUUGAAGGAGAGAAGCCCCCAGGCAGGACUGUUGGAAGAUCAAACCCAGUCUAUAUCGAGUAAUCCCAACUCUGAUGGGCCAGCCAUCACUACCUCAAGUCAACAGACAGUUCCAGUGACUAACGUCCAAGCAGACAAGAUAGUUCCAAACAAGAGUCUUCUAGACUGGCUGAGACAGCAAUCUGAUUAUACUCUUGAAAUUCCUGGCUUUGGCACAAAUUUUUCAGAAAAGCCUAAACAAAGGCGGCAGCGCUGUAAGGACCCUAGUAAACUGGACAUUAAUUCUCUCACAGGAGAAGAACGUGUGCCUGUAGUCCAUAAAGGUACAGGACGGAGGUUAGGGGGAGCGAUGGCACCAGCAUUAAAAGAACUGCCAAGAUGGCUUGAUGCAAACAUGGACUAUGCUGUUGCAGCAGACUGGUCUGACAUUGUUAAGCUUUCAGGUUUUUUACCUGAAAGCAAGUUUAAUCGUAUUCUCACUGAGCCUGUACAACGAGAUAGUGGGCCUCGAAGAAGAGGAAGACGUCCAAGGAAUGAACUUUUUAAAACUCCUGGUAUAGUAGCAGAUGCAUCUUCUGGAAUGGGACCAUUAUUCAUGAAUGGACUUAUUGCUGGAAUGGAUUUAGUAGGACUUCAGAAUAUGAGAAACAUGCAAGGUAUUCCUCUGGCUGGGCUGGUUGGGUUUCCUGCUGGAUUUGCAGCAGUACCUGCUGGUGAGGAUAUUAAAAGCACUCUAAGUAUGUUGCCAAUGAUGCUGCCAGGAAUGGCUGCUGUACCACAGAUGUUUGGUGUUGGAGGACUUCUCAGUCCAUCAGUGACAACGGCUUGUACUUCAUCUGCUCCAACUUCAUUAACAAGCACAACUAAAAGUAAUACAUCACAUGCAGAUAAGAUUGCUGAAGACAAGCAGAGUGACCAAGGUGCAAAAACAGAAACUCUUUCUGAAGACAAGUCAGGCCCUAGUUCAUUUUCUGAUCAUUCAGAACCUGCAAUAACUACCAAUAGUCCUGUAGCUUUUAACCCAUUUCUUAUUCCAGGAAUGUCAUCUGGACUUAUCUAUCCUUCAAUGUUUCUUUCUCCCGGGAUUGGUAUGGCAUUGCCGGGCCUUCAGCAAAACAGACACUCAGAGGCAACAAAUGUAGAAAACCAGAAACGGAAGAGAAAGAAAACUAAAGGGGAAUUAGCAAAUCCAGAACCAGAAACUCUAUCACUAGCUGACAAGGAACAUGCAAACAAUCAAAACUGUGCAGAACAAACAUCAUCUAUGUCAGCAGAAAAUGACCAUGAUGUACCAGCAGAGGAAGAAGAAGAAGAAGAGUUAAAAGAAAUUAAAGAUAUCAAUUAGAAUUUUUGUUUCUUUCUGAAAAAAUAAUGUUGUGGCUUGUACGUUCUCAUCCCAUAAAUAUUUGUUACUGCCCUCUGUCCCCACUUCACCUUCAUAAAAACCUGUGUUUCAAUAAGUAAUAAUAUCUACCUAAUUCCCGGUAAGAGAAAUAUGGUGGUAUGUUAAUAGUUGCAGGGUCUUGCCAUUGAGAUAAGCAAUGUUCUAUAAUUAGUAUGGGAGGCACUGAUUUUUUGUUCAUUUGUCUAGCUGUUCAUCCCUCCUUUCUCCCAAACAAUAGUAAAUAAGUAGUCGGUUCCCCAAAACUGCUUGUUUGUUUGCGGGAAAGUCUGAGAAAAGUACUCUUAGUAUGGUGGAAACACAAGAAUGCAGGAAAUGGUAGAUGUUUUUACUAUGACACUGAAUUUUUUAAAAAAUCUUGUAUUUUGGGGUAAAAAGCACAGUUAUAGUAAGUGCUAAUGUGUAUUUUUUGAUUUAAAGUAUUUCCCUAUUUUAUCAUGGUUACUAGAACAGUAGUAUAGACAGAAGUAUAUAACUAAUGAUUGAAAAUACAUAUAUUCAUUUCUUUUUUUAAGGCAUUAAUAUUAGAUCUAUAAUUUCCUCUUGUUCACACUACAAAGUUUUGGAAACAAACUGCUGUAAGUGGAAAGAUUACCUGAAACUUUAUAUUUCUAAAACCAAAUCUUAUUUUAUGUUAAAGGUGCAUUUCAGUUGUUCUUUGAUUCUUAGGCCAUUUCCAGCUCCUACUGAGAAAUCAACACACAUUUCCAAGAUUUUAUAUGUGUGCUUGUGUAUGCACGUGUGCAUGCAUGCAGGGAUAGGGGAUUAAAAUUACCAGGUUUUCUUAUAUCUUGCCACUAUUCAUUUCUUAGAAAGACAACUACUUUGCCCCCUCAGUGAAAAACAAACCACCAAUUUUAAUUUUCUUUUGUGGCAACUGGAUCUUGGUUCCAUCAGUUCUUUUCAUUUUUUUAAAUUAAAAACAAAACAAAACAGAACUUUAAAAACAGGAGAGGUGUUCUCAUUUGAGAUGGCCUUUAUCAAAUAGCAUUGACUGCUUCAAAGCUUGAGUUAAUUAUUCACUUCUAGUAUUACACUGUGAAAGUAUUUUUACUCUUUCUUUCCAUUCCUCUUCAUCCCUUGCACUGUUGAAUCGUAUCGCCCAGCAUCUCUAUACAUACAUUUUGUAUUUUUAAAAUGAAACUAAAGACAUAUUUAGGUUUUCAAAGAUCAGUUUUUGGAACACCCCACCCAGGCAAUUCUUAUAUAGUCCUUUUUACCCCUACUCCUAUGUUACUUUUCUUUCACUUGGGCUUUUUUUUUGAUUUACAGCUCAUGGUUUGAGACUUGAAAAAAAACACUUUGUAGUGUGAUGUUUAAAUGGCAGACCAUUAGAGAGUGUUGGGAGUGUAUGCUGUUACUCAGUUUCAUAUUUGGUUUGUCACUAUUUACUGUAUUUUUUACUUUUUUCUGUUACAGUUUUGCUAAUUUAUCAAAUGGUCCAAAUGUUUUGACAUAACUAUUUCAGUUUGCAUUAUUUAUUUAUGAUGCCUUUUUCAUUGUCUUUUAUACAAUCGGGAUUAUAAAGUAUGUACAUGUUAAAAUUAGCAUCUCAAAGAAGUCUGUUACCAAUAAACUGAAAUGAAGUCUCUUAUUUCCAACGAAUUUCUAAUUUUGAAGAUUGGAAUCAGUUUCAACAAUAUACAAUUGGUUAUGCUAUUGCAAAAAAAAAAAAUCCAAAAUGCGAUACGGCCCCUUUAAUGACAUCGUAGUACACAUACUGCAACAUUAUUGACAGAUUUCUUAGAAAUGCUGCUGUCUCUGUUUAACUAGCAAUUCGUUCAGUUUUGCCUCCAGUGGAAGCAGAGAGGUUUUUCAGCUGUUAAAUCCAAAAUCAAUAUAAUUUAUUUAUGUAAAAAGAAAAAUCACUUGAUAUAUUUUUGAAUCUUUUAAGUACUAACUUUUUAUUUAGUAGAAAAACAUGUACUUGCCCUAAAUCCUUAAAAUACAAAUGCUAUAAAACUUCAUAUAUCUUGAAAGCCUUACUGUGAAUGGAUGCAGAUGUCUCUCUGGUGUCUAUUUGUAAUAUAUAUGAUUGCUUGCCAGGGUUUCACUCGUAAGAAACAGGGUUAAGUAUGAAUUUUAGUUUGUUAGCAUGUUCUAUAUUUCUUGUUCUUUCUUAUUUACCCUGUUUCCCUGAAAAUAAGACCUAGUAUGAUUUUUCAGGAUGAUCG